AUGAAUUUAAAAGCCUUGGAUGUGGCAAAAUUAUCAAAAUUAACAUCCUUACAAAUUGACCAUGUUACUUGUUUAGAAUGUUGUAAAUACUACAUAGCACCUGCAACGGCAGCUUGCGGCCACACGUUGUGUCAUACUUGCUGGCGAGGACGUCGCACUUGCCCAGCUUGUGCUAAGCAAUUAGAACGCAAGGCCCUAAAACUAAACAUUCCUCUUCAAAAACUAACAGAACAUAUCCAAAUGCUAGGCGAAGCAUUUGAAAAACUUUUUAAUGUCAAAUUGGAUGAAUUUAAUCUGGAUACUCCAGGUGAACUUGAUUCUGAAAAAGAUCCUGACAAGAAUGUUAAAGACUGGUUAACAAGUUCACAAAAUCAUUUCUCUGCACCAGUUCAAAAUUCUGAAGUAUUUUCUCAAGAUCUACCACAACCAAGCAACCCAUUGGAAGUUUCAGCAAGCAAUAUAUUAAUUCAUACUGAUACUAGGAAAACUGUAAGUCCUCCAAAAGUAGUUCAUGUGCCACCACCUCAAGAUGAUUGGGAUAAAAUAGAACCAAUGCCUGAGCCUACAAAUACUAAAAAAAGUGAGAAUAUAAUUGGACCCAUGGACAUAGAACCCUUUUUUGUGGAGGAUACAGAGUAUACAACAGAUAAUCCGCGAAGGAGCUCAAGAAAAAGAGAUUUGAAAGAUGAAUCAGCACCCAAGGACCUUUCUUCUAACAUGCAUAGUUCUAGAGAUUCAAGUGCUGAUAAUGAUAAAAAGUCACAAAAAUCUAAACAAAAUUGGAAUAAUGUUAAGAGAAUGAGGAAGGAGUUCAGUAAGUUGAAUAAAAAAAAUAGAAAUAAACUGAAUGUUUCAAUUGAAAUGGUGAAGAAGACACAGAACCCAAAACCUGUUGUUAAAACACCAAUAACAACUCAACAAGUUUACAACAUCGAUGAUAAUACUCCAGAGUUUCAUAAUAAAGAAAAUGAGGAUGUCAAUAUCAACCAAAAUGAACUUGUGACUGAGAUGAUUGAUCCUGAAGUAAAUUUAACAGAAAAAGAAUACAGAAAAAAUUGUGAUUCUGUAAAACCUGUAGUUCAGGAAACAGAAGAUAUACCAAGUGUCAUUAGUGAAGAAGACAAAGCAAGUAAUUAUAUAAAUAAAGAAAGUUGUACCUCUAAACAUAUUGAAAAAUCAACUGAAGUACAAAAACGCAUACCGGUUCCUCAAUUAAAAAUGCCAUUUAUAAAAAAAGGUGCACUGAAUCCACAGAAAACUGAAAAAACUAUUCUGAAAACAAAUGAAGAUACUAUACAACCCAUAUCUUCUGAUAAUUCAGAUGACAUAGAAAUCUCUAUUAAAAUAGGGAAUACAAUUACAAACAUAGUGAUCAAAAAGAAAGAAAAGGAUGUUCAAGUAAAAAUUAACACUGACCGUGAAAUACAAACAUCCCUAGGUCCUGACCAUUUAGCUAAAACUACUAAUAGUGUUCCAAAAUCAACAAAUACUCAGAAUAUAGACAUAAGCAUUACAAAUAAUAAUACUGAUGGACAAAAGCCUUUGAUUAAAAUACAAGAAAGUUCUGGUAAAGAGCAGACAGUAGGUUUGAAUGAAAUUAACAAGAUACCUGUUGUUGAUAACACUUUGGACAAAACUACAUCUCUGAAAAAGAAUACAGCUUCUGCUGACACAGCAACUGCACAAUUUGAAAUCACAGAAAGUGUAGAGAAAGAAUUAUCCAAGAUAAUGGAGUGUGAAGAUUCUGAUCAUGAAGAAAUUAAAAGUGUUAAAAGACAACAGUCAGAACAACCUCAUAAAAUAAUAGAGCCAUCAGAAAACAUUGAUGAUUUCAAUGAUCUAGACAUAUUUCAUAGUGGUUCAGUAAAGGAAGCCCAAGUUCAACCAUUAAAAGAACAUGCACCCUCAGAAAUAUUGGGGUCUACAGUCUGUAGCAAGUUUAGGACCCAAAAACUUGCAGAGAAACGUAUUAGGGACAUCAAUGAUGGAGAUGUGCUACCUAAUAACAAGAAAAUUAAAAUAACUCCAGGGGAUAAAAAUAAGAAAGUUGAGAACCAACCACAACCUGACAGUGAACCAAUAAACUAUGAUGCUAUCAUGGGACAAGUGUUUGCCAGCAUUGAUGCAGAUAUGGAAGAUAUCAGAAAGAGCCAAGAGGUUGUCAGUGGUUCAAUACUGAAAGAUAAAGUAAACAGUCAGCUUAACAUAGUGGCUGAACAGAACAAAAAGAAUUUAACACAAAUUAAAAAUACACAGACAAGCAAAAAAGUGUUGACACAAAUAAAUGCUGAAAUAACACCAAAUUUAAAAGAAUAUUUUAAUGAAAAGCACAGUGAAAAUGUAUUCUCUAUUGUAGAAAAGGAUUAUGAAGAAAUAACUAAACUAGAUAAGGUACCACAACAAGUUGAAGAAUUACUCACACCAGUUCUAUGUCAGAAUUUGAACUCCACUCAGGAGAGCCAGGAUUGUAUUAUGAAGACUAAUAAAACCAACAUAAGGUCACAAGAUUAUGAUGACUCUGAUAGGAGUGUAGUUGAGGAGACACCACAAAAGAACUUAUCAUUCUCGAAACUCAAGAGGGCCAGCACAUCUAACCAAUCACAAAUAGCUUUAAAUGAAAAUAAGAAAGUUUCUAUAACAAAAUCAACUCCAAGUGUAAAAAGUAUAAUCAACUUGACAGACACUGUGACUGAAUCUAACAGGAGUAGCAGAGACUUGACAGUCAUAGAAGUUGCUGCUCCAAAGCAAGCACUAGAAACGCCACUGACUAUAACAAAGUUUGCUGAUCAAAUUAAACAUAAGUCAACGCCAAUGGCCAGGAAAUCGCUGAAUUUUGAUCAUGAAAAUGAUGACAAUGAUCCUGAACAGACUCUGUGUCAGACUUCUGAAAUAAUUGCUAAAACAACGCAGGAAAGGGAGUUUAUGAGUAAAGCGUUUGAGAGCACGCCUACUACGCCCGCGGCGCGACCGCUGGUUGCUAGGAAUUUAGCGUCGAACGCAAAUAAGAAGUACUGUUUGGCUGGUUCCUGUCUAACAGCAACUCAAAUUACGAAACUCAAAAUUCUUUGUAAUGAACGUAAAUGGAGCUACGUUGACAAGUACACAAAUGAUAUUACGCAUUUGAUAGUUGGUGUCGAUGACGAGAAAAAGUCCCAAAGAUCUGUCAAAUACAUGUGUGCAUUGGCGGCAUCCAAAUGGAUCGUAUCAUUUGACUGGAUCAAUAAAAUUAUGCAGACUAAAGAAAUAGUCAAUGAGGAAUAUUACGAGGCGCUAGACAGUACUGGCGAGCCGGGACCGAGGCGUUCUAGGAUUGCGAAGCAGAAAUUGUUUGAUGGCAUCACAUUUUACUGCAUGCCACCUUUUGGCGUGCUCGAUGUUGAAACUUUGAAGAAUAUGCUGAUGGCUUCUGGUGGCCGCGUAGUUGCAGAUAUGAAACACGUACGAAUAUCCGAAGGCAGUCUCCAACCAGCGCUGUUAUUAGCUGAACCAGAGUCCACGCAGGAGGAUCGUUUCAUAUUCCUCGCAAUGGAACAGAGUAUAGUGCCAGUAAACUACGAGUGGGUGUUGAAUUGUCUCGGAGGGUACUCUCUGAUCUCUGUACAAGAACAUCUUCUGUGCCCAUCAUCACUUCUACCGGCCGCCACCGCUAAGUGGCCCGAGGUUUUAUUCUCUCAAGAUGAUUAA